CGUCAGUGCGGUGACUCCUCGACCCCUGAGGCGCAGAGGUCGGCACAAGCGGCUUGCAAGGCAGUGGGGCGCUGGGGGGGAUCGAGGGCGAGGGGGUCGAGGGAGGCGGUGGGCUGCAGGAAGCCCAGGCUGCAGGCAGCAGGAGGGGGCACGGCGCAGCCGCCGCAGCAGCGGGUGCAGCACGCGCAGCACUUUGGGCGGCGCUGGCUGGACUUCGCCGCUCAGCCCCUCAGCGCGGCAUGGGUACCCCUUCCCCCUCCGAGCCCCCCCGAGCUCCGCCGCUCAGCCGCUCAGCCCCGCAGCGGCCUCCGCCAGCAGGCGCCUGCAGGCCCCGUGGGCCCGCGCGGCCGCCAGGCCCCAAGUGAGCCCGGCUUCCCGCGCGAGCCACCACGCCCGCCACGGCGCUGGCAGCUCCUGGGCGACGGCGCCCGCCGCCUCGAGCACGGCCUCCAGCCCUCCGCGCGCAGCGCCCGCG